AUGGUUGCUUCAAAACAGUGGAAAGAUCGGUUAAAAGCGCUUGAGGAUCUCAAUGGAAUUAUAACGAAAAGUGAACGUUUAAGCAGUAAAGAAGAUUAUGGAGAGAUUGUGGUAACGUUAGCGAAGGUAUUGGCCAAAGAUGUUAACGUGAAUGUAGCAGCAAUGUCAACGAAAUGUUUGAAAGGAUUGGCCAAUGGAAUUCGUUUCAAAUUUUCACCAUUCGCAUCUUUGGUGAUGAAAAGCGCCUUGCAAAAGUUCAAAGAGAAGAAAACCGUCCUUCGUGAGCCACUCAUCGAAUUGGUCGAUAGUAUUGCAGUCAUUACACCGUUGUCAUCGUAUGUUGAUGAAGUGAGCGCAGCGAUGGCGCAAGUGAAUCCACAAAUAAAAUCACAAACAGCACUCUUCAUGGCUAGACUUUUGAAACAGCACAACGCCAAAACUUUCCCAGAUCAAUUCAACUCAUUAGCACCUCAAAUCAACAAGUUGACAACAGAUCCAGACACAGAAGUACGUGAUGCGUCAUAUUGUUUACUUGGAGCGGCAAUGAAAUCGCUGACUGAAAGGCAAAUGAAUGCCUUAUUCAGUGAUAUUGUUAAUGAUAACAUCCGAAUGGCUAAGGCAAGUUGUGCAUUCGUGAAAGAACAACAUGCGAAAGUGGUCGAAGAAUGCGGUGAUGCGGCAAGUGAUGCGAUAUUAAAACUGUUGAAAGCAACGGAUAGUACAGAAACGACUGCAGCCACGAAGAACGUGAGCAAAUCGUCCGAAGGUGGCAAAGAUUCAGCGCGUAAACCUGCAACUGCAAUUGGUCAUAACAAACGACCGCAGCAAAAUACGCGUGCACAAGAUCAACAUCUCGCACGUAUGAUGGCAGCUCGUAAAGGAGGAGGAACACCAAAAACGAAUAUAUCAUCAUCGGUUAGCACUCCACAUUUGUCUGCUCAUCCAAGAAGGGCUAGUUCAUCAAUCAAUCGCGCUGUCAGUCCUCUAACAAACGGUAAUGCCACACAAACACCUCAGCAAUAUAAUUUCGCAUCAGGGCCGAGAAAGAUGCCAUCCGCUGGUGACAUUCGUCACAAUGUUGCAUCAGCACCACAAUCAGCUCGAAGCCAUCACGUCGUGAUGACCUCUCAAGCACGAGGCGUUGAGGAGCACAUUGCCAGACUUGCGCAAAGGCGUGCUGCCGAGCAAUCAAAAGCGCAGAACAAGGAUUAUCGCAGUCGUGUCAGAAAUCCUUCAGCCGGACGUUCAGUACCACAGAAUGCAACAACGAGUGGAUACUCAUCAGCGAGAGGAGCAGGUGACGUCUUUCAAGACAUCAGAAUCUGA